AUGGUGGAAUGGGAACAAAAAUUAAAAGACUUUCCUGCAUACAAAAAAUAUGAAACGUUCAAUAGGAAGACAAUAACUAAUGAAGAGAACAACCCUUGUAAUGAUCUCUACUUUGAUAAUGAGGAAGCUGAAAAAUUUUGUAAACAAGCAGUAGAAAUUUUAAAAGAAUUACCACGUAUUACUGAUGAUAAAGCUCGUAAUGAAGAAUGUGCUUAUUUUCAACAUUGGUUCAGUGAUACUGUUAGGAGAAAGUUUAGUAAUAAAGAUAGGUUUUUUAGUAAUUAUGAUCUUUCGAAUUAUCUUUUUGACGUAAUAAAUACUUUUAACUAUGAUAAAUACAAUAAAACACCAAAUAAAUGUUAUGCCUCUCGUAAUGCUGAAUAUGUUAAAAUUGAAAAGGAUUUACACGAUUAUUUUAUAAAUUUUGACAGUAUUAGCUGCAAAGGUUUAAGUAAGAAAACAUGUCAAAUGUACUAUAAUUAUGUUCAAGAGAUUUUACCACACUAUAAGGACCGUAGAGACCGUCAUUUGUGCUGUUACCUUGCCAAUGGUGAAGUAGAGACUAAAUGUAAGAAUUAUUUUAAAUGUGAUAAAAGAUAUGACCCCAAAAAACUUUUGAAGAAUUUAGAAAAGGAAAUGGAAAUAAUUGAUAGAUAUGGACAAGUGGAUAAAUCAUCUUGGGAUGAACUCGUGGCCAAAUAUGACGCUGAACAACAAUCUAAAUAUCAAUAUUGGUAUUCUUAUGAUCCAUAUACAUAUGAUUACUAUUCGCCUAGUCAAUAUAGCUCAAUUAAUCAGAGU